AGCUUGAUUUGCAAACAAGGCAAACAACAAAUGACAAAUGCAUAAUCAGUGGUCAAUGUGAAGUUGAUUGAGAUAAUUGAAAAAGUUAAAAAUAAUUUUGAAAAAGAACAUACGGAAUUUCGUUGUCUCGUUACUGUAAAUACGUAAUGGAAGAAGUGAUGAUUCUUCAAACAUAUUAACGGAAUGUGUAUAUCGUAAAAAAAACACUGUUAACAUAAUUUGUACGGUAUAUAAUAUGCCCGUAUUUCAAGAAACAUGUGCCGAACAAAUUCAGGCGCAAACUGUAAUAAUAAUUCACCCAGGAUCGCAGAAUUUGAGGAUGGGUCGUGCAUCGGAUUUGAAUCCUUGCACGAUUUUGAAUGCAAUUGCGAGAAGACGAAAACCCGGAGGAACUGUAUACCAAGAUGCAUCUCUCCCCAGCUUGGUCUCUCGGACCAAAGAGCUAACACAAGCGAUGGAAGAGUCGAGGCUUCAAGUUUCACACACACUGCAGUCAUGUUUACAAUCUGACGGUCGUAGACGAUAUGCCACACCGCCACAACAAAUUGCUGCAUUUAAUCGAAGGUCUAAUCCCGAGAUCGGCUCAGCUUCUGUAGAGGAAUGGAUAAAAACAGAACGCGAUGAAAUCUUUGGAGACGAUAUACUUCAUCUAAAUCCACAGGAGGACUUUAACGUUCACUUUCCCUAUAGACGUGGAGAAUUGAAUGUACAUUCUGGCCCUGGUGGGAGCUUGCGAGCUGUUCUUGCCGACCUUAAAGCCAUUUGGGAAUAUGUAUUGACUGCCAGAUUGAAUAUUCCACUAAAGGAUCUCAGGCACUACAGAGCAAUUCUCAUUAUUCCAGAUAUAUACAACAGACUUUAUUUGAAAGAAUUGACUACUCUUAUGCUCUGUGAAAUUGGGUUUGGCGGAUGUUUUUUAUUGCAAGAUCAUGUUGCUGCAACAUUUGGUGCGGGUUUGGGUUAUGCGUGUGUGAUAGAUGUGGGUGAUCAAAAGACUUCAGUAUCGUGCGUCGAGGAUGGUAUUUCUCAUAGGAACACGAGAGUGCGUAUGGACUAUGGUGGUGGUGAUAUUACACAGACAUUCUAUUGGCUACUGCAGAAGUGCGCGUUUCCCUACAAAAAUUGUGAACCUUCCAACAGAUUGGAUGCAUUACUUCUUAGUCAGAUGAAACAAGAUUUUUGUCACGUCGACUUGAAUGUCUGUGGAUCGCAAGAAAAAACGUUUGUCGUUAGGAAGCCUAAACAACCCACUGAAAAAUAUACACUUCAGGUCGGUGAUGAGUGCCUGGUAGCACCCCUCAGUCUUUUUCAGCCUGAACUCUUCAAAGUUACGGGACCCCAUGUAGUUCACGUACAAAAGAGAUCAAUGGGUGAUUCUGAAGAUCCUCACGACGAGAAUUAUCUACGAGAGACGAGUAGAAGGGGAAUAAAAGAAAAUUUAGAACAGACACUUGAGAUGCAAGAAGAAGUGACUACACCAGCUGUCGCUGGUGAGGAAGAGGUUGUCGUGGAUGCUGUGGAUUCAGCGCCUGCUGCCUUAUCGAAUAGAGAUCUCGACGCACCGAGAGAUUUCGUUGUCGGUCCUCAACAGUCUUUGGGACUGGACCACGCAGUUUUACAAAGUAUCGACCGAUGUCCGACUGAUGAUUUGAAAAGAAAAAUGUACAGCUGCGUUUUGGUCGUUGGUUCUGGAAUGAAAUUCCAAGGAAUAGGAAUGUGGCUCCACAAUAGGAUUUCACUUCAAAUUCCUUACAUGUACAGGGCAGAACAAUUGGACAUAAUAACACAGCCGAAGGAGAUGGAUCCAGGAAUGACAACAUGGAAAGGUGCAGCGAUUCUGAGUUGUCUUGAAUCUGCACAAGAAUUAUGGAUUGAGAAACAGGAAUGGGAACGCAUUGGUGUGAGAAUUUUGAGAGAAAGAGCUCCUUUCAUAUGGUAAAACUUUUCCACAUGUUCAUUUUUAUUUGUAUAAAAAAUAAAUGUUCUAAAUUUCUUAACCUA